CGUCUUGUGUAUUUUUUGUAACUGCAGUUGCGGUCGCUCUGAAAAAAAACAUAAACAAAAAUUGUUAAAUGCCGGAAUUAGCGAAAUUCAACUGCAGCCAGACCAUCGAUUGCAAACAGGGUGCGGUGCGUGCAGUGCGUUAUAAUGUGGAUGGAACUUAUUGUAUGAGCUGCGGCUCAGACAAGAAGGUAAAACUCUGGAAUCCCGCCUCAGGAUUGCUGCUGAAGACUUACGGCGGUCACGCGGAUGAAGUAACUGAUGCAGCAGGCAGCUGCGAUAGCAGCUAUAUAGUCUCAGCCAGUCUGGACAAGAGCAUUAUCUAUUGGGACGUAUCAACAGGGACACCGGUGCGACGGCUGCGCAGUCAUGCUGGGGGUGUGCGCUGUGUCUGCUUCAACGAGGACUCCUCCAUAGCGAUCUCUGGGGGACGUGACAAUGCUGUGAUGUGCUGGGACAUACGUACACGACGCCUCGAUCCUGUACAGGUAAUGAAAGAGGCCAAGGAUUGCAUCACAACGGUGCUGACCAACGAGCACAAGAUCUAUGCCGCCUCCCUCGAUGGCUGUGUGCGACACUAUGACAUUCGCGUGGGUGAAAUGACCUGCGAUAAGGUGGGCGAACCCAUCACAUAUCUGGCGCAGACACGGGAUGAGCAAUGCUUGGUGGCAGGCUGUCAGGAUAGCACUGUGCGGCUGUUGGACUGUGAGACGGGCGGAUUACUCAACGAGUACAAGGGUCAUCAGGCGGAUGACUAUCACAUCGAAUGCGGCAUUUUGCAGAGCGAUGCUCACAUUGUGGCGGGAUCCAGCGACGGUUAUGCUUACGUCUGGGAUCUGGUGGAGGCCAAAGUACUGCAGCGUAUUCGCAUAAGUGACAAUGGUGGCGUUGUGCAUUCGCUAGCGACGCAUCCGAAGCGACAAGAACUGCUUUUCGCUAGACGAAGAGAUAUGUAUGUCUUUACUACAGAUGUGCAGAUCGAGGAGGAACAGCUGUAAAUGAUCAUUUUUAGAAUAGACUCCUAUAGUUAUAAGCUAUACUAAAUAGGACAAUUAUUAAAUACAUAAACAAAGAUUAUAAAUU